AUGCCAUCCAACAUCCAAGUCUUUGUGAAAUGGAAGGACCAGACUAUAUUUGCAGGCGAGGAUGUUGAAUGUACUAUAACAUUCAAGAACGUGGCAGAUACUGGCACCGAUGCCAAUAAUGGUGAAGGUCAACAUUCACGGAAGAUCUCUCGAGUCGCGAAUCACACACCUAACUCGAACUCGGACUCUUUCUUCGGAUUUAAAUCAUCUCAGGGCCUUUUUUCUGGUCGGCGAUCAUAUUCCACCAGCUCGCAACGAAAGCCUUAUCACCGGACCGCGUCUUCCCUGAGCUCUCCGUUGGUCGGCUCCCAUAGCUUUCCUCCAAACAACGGCCCCUCUACACCGCGAGCAUGGCAACCAGGUCACAACCAUAAACGAUCUGUCUCCAUCCUCUCCAUUGAUAGUGAAGGCCAAACCGACCCGACUCCUUCCGCACACAAUUACAAUCGUCACCAGCCAGCCAGGGGUCAUGGGCGCUCAGCGAGUCUUCAGGUUCUGCCGCGAAGGAACAAUAGCUGUGAGGAUGCUUACAAAAAAGCGAGAACGCCCUCUCAUGCCUUUCCAUUUCCGUUGACAGAGGCUCCAAGCGAGCAUCCCAACGGCAGCCUGGGAGUUGAUACCUCCCACUUGGGUCGAGCCAGCCGCCCUGGUUCUCUCGCGACUAGUCCAAUAGGCGCAGUAGAGCCAUUGCGUCGACCUCCACGACGGCCUCAACCACCUCCCCUCGAUUUUAAGUUCCCCGCCGCACCUUCGACCGAUUCAACUAACAAUCGCACCGUGCGCAGUCCGUCACCAAAGUCGGCCACAACCAACGGUACAUCAUCAACCGGAGGAAGAUCCGCUGCUAGAGAUGCACAGGGUCUGAUCGGACCGGCACACCAGCAACUAACCCGGAUUAUAUCAGCUACAAGCGUGAAUGGGAGCAACCGAAGCAGCGGGGAGUUCUACUCUAUCAGCGACCACUCUACAGAGACCGUCGGGUCCGAAUACACAAAUUAUUCGGUACAGGCUGCUCGAAUUCCCCCCUCUAUGCGACAUGCCCGGCAUCAUUCGAGCGUGGUUCCAUCUCUUUCCAAAGCCCCCAGCAGCCAGGCGCUGCUGAUGGGCUAUGCGCAGGUUAGUGCCUCAUUCACGGUCGAUGGCUCAUUGGUGAACCAGUCAGCCUUCGACGAAGUCAAGCGAAAGGGAGUUGUUGGUGGCCAACCAGGUUCAGGUGGAAUUCCUGGCCGGCCAACGCCAACAGCCGAGCGACCACGUAAAACUGGUGGGUUCUGGGGCGCAUUCAAAUGGAACGCUAUUGAGGAAUCCAUAAAUGGCCUUCUUUCAAAUAACGAACUGGAUGGACUACGUGAAAUGCGUGGUGUAACAUCGUCGAGAUCAAUCCCGUUGUUGUCCACCUCACAAUCACUGCUUUUUGUUGACCUCCGACUGGCCCCAGGAGAAGAACAGUCGUAUUCUUUCUCAUUUGCCCUUCCCAAAGGACUCCCGGCGAGUCAUAAAGGGAAAGCAAUCAAGAUCUCAUAUAAUUUGGUCAUUGGAACUCAGCGGCCUAGCGGGCCUAAUGAGCCUCAAAAGGUCAACCGCAUCAAUAUACCCUUCCGCGUUUUCAGUGGCGUGAAUGAAAAAGGAGAUAUUCUUGGGCAUGACUUGAUGUCACCUUAUGUACUUCUACGGGAUGAAGCGAAGGUGCAAAAGGUCGGGCCAGUGAUGCCUGUGACAACGAAAAACCAAAGUAUCAGCAAAUCCCACCAUUCCGCGGCCGACUUCCUUGGUUUUGUGGAUGAAAUUCUGGAGCAACGUGCGCGUUCCAACACGCUGUUCCCACCUGGCACUACACCCUCGAGGCGACCUAGCGUCGAAGGAUUACCCCAGUUGCUUACUUCCAAGGAUAUCAUCGACUUUGCUAUCCUUCGCAGUAACCAGGCCGUGAACUCUCGCCGCAGCCCCAAUCGCUUUGAGAUUGCCCGCGAAGGUAAACGUAUCGCAGUGGUCGUCUUGAACCGACCAAUUCAUCGACUUGGAGAGACCAUUAUUGCGACUAUGGAUUUUGGAGAUGCCACAAUUCCAUGUUACGCUGUACGUGCCUCCCUAGAGACGUCCGAAAAAGUCACCCCUAGUUUGGCCAUCCGGUCAAAUGCCAGCAUUCACCGAACCACGCGGCGUAUUCAUGCUUCUCUGUUCGAGAACACACUCCAUGCCACCCGAGUGGCUUUCAGUCCUGCUAUCCCUAUCACAGCCACGCCAUCAAUCUUGACGAGCGGCGUUACUCUCGAUUGGGAACUACGAUUCGAGUUUGUCACAUCCAGUGUUCGAGGUGAACAAAGGGCCCAACCCUCAGGCACGCACUUACUCGAGGCUUUGUCGUCGGAUGAUCGCGGCACGGUGCUUUCUGCUAUGGAAUAUUUGAACUGUGAAUCAUUCGAGAUCGCUAUACCGCUGACAGUUUAUGGAGAGACUGUUCGAGAACAACUGCCCGAAGAGAAUGAAGGUUACCCGAUCUAG